AUGGUGGCCCCAAGGCCCACCCUCUCACUGCUAUUGGCUGUCCUGGCCUGCACGGGGCCCGCACGCCCCUCGCCCCCCCUGCUGCUCCGGCCCCGGGAGAGAGAGAGGGACUCGGGUGGUGUCAACAUCGCCGUGGUCCACUCGGGCUCCUCCCUGCUCCCGGAGACGGCGGUGGUGGGAGGUGCGGGGGUCGGCGAGCCAGGGCCGGGGCUGGGGCCUGGUCUCGGAAACGGUCCGGGAGGAGGAGGAGGCGGAGGGGGAGGAAGGGGAGUAACGGAUACAGCUUCGUUGGCAGGAGUGGCUGCGAUGGCCUUGGUCUCCUCCUCCUCGUCAUCCCUGUCGCUGGCGGCACUCGUCGGAGAGACGGUGAUGACGCCAUCAGGUCAGGCCAACGUCAUCUACCUGGCUGUGAACGAGAGCAGCCCGGGCAGCCUGCUCCUGCAGCUGUGUGAGCUGCUGGCCACCACACCACUGCAGGGUUUGGUGUUUGAGGAGGAGAGACCGCCGCCGCCAAACCGCGCUCCUCUGGCCCCCAUGCUGGAGUUUGUCUCCGCCCAGACGGGGGUUCCUGUGGUUGCUGUUGGGGGAGGGGCCAGCCUGGGACGAGAGCCACAGGAGAGCGGCUCCAUCUACCUCCAGUUCACCUGCUCCACCGCGCUCCAGCUCGAGGUCAUCUUCGAGGUGCUUGAAGAGUACGACUGGACCGCCUUCUCCGUAGUGACCACCCGUCACCAUGGCUACGAGGACUUCCUGGCCAUGGUGGAGGGUAUGACGGACGGCUCGUUCAUCGGCUGGGAGAAGAAGAGCGUAGUGAUUCUUAACGUGACGGACGACCCCGGUGGGGCGCGAACCAAACGGCUGCUCAAAGACAAUGAAGCCCAGGUCCGGCUGCUGUACUGCUCCCUGGAGGAGGCCGAGCUGGUUUUCCGGGCAGCCUGGGCGGCGGGUCAGGCCGGACCCAGUCACAUGUGGUUCGCCGUGGGACCGGCCCUGUCUGGUUUGGGCCUGGAGGGGCUGCCCAAGGCCUUGUUCGCCAUCCGGCCGCAGGGCUGGAGGGACGAGCCACGCAGGCGUAUUGCCAAGGGCGUCUCUGUGCUCACCCAUGGGGCGAUGGCUCUGCGGAGGGACCAGGGGGCCACCAGCCGGUCGCAGUACGCAGGCAACUGCCAGAGUGACGGUAACCAGACCCAUCGAAAAUCCUCCCUGCACAGGUACUUCACCAACAUCUCCAUCGGUGGACGGGAUUAUUCCUUCAACAGUGACGGCUACCUGUCCAACCCGCUGCUCGAUGUCAUCUCCUACACCAAUGGGAGAGGCUGGGAGGAGGUUGGCUGGUGGGAGAACGGACACCUGCGUCUACGUUACCAUCCCUGGUCUCGUUACGGCUCCUUCCUGAAGCCUCUGGAUGACUCCCAACACCUCCGGGUGGUCACCCUGGAGGAGAGGCCCUUUGUCAUUGUGGAGCCUGCUGACCCGGGCACCAGCUCCUGCAUCCGGGACUCUGUACCCUGCCGCAUGCCCGUCAACUCCAGUUUGGUGGUGGAUGGCGCCGGGCCCAUGAAGCACUGCUGCAAAGGGUUCUGCAUCGACGUCCUUAAACGCCUGGCCAAGAUCGUGGGCUUCACCUAUGACCUUUACCUGGUGACAAACGGCAGGCACGGGAAGAACAUUGAUGGGGAGUGGAACGGCAUGGUCGGAGAGGUGGUAUCCAACAGGGCUGACAUGGCCAUCGGCUCUCUCACCAUUAACGAAGAGAGGUCAGAGGUCGUGGAGUUUUCUGUACCGUUUGUGGAGACCGGCAUCAGCGUCAUGGUUUCUCGCAGCAAUGGCACCGUGUCGCCUUCUGCUUUCCUUGAACCCUACAGCCCAGCGGUGUGGGUGAUGAUGUUUGUGAUGUGCCUGUCGGUGGUGGCUGUCACCGUCUUCAUCUUUGAGUUCUUCAGCCCCGUGGGAUACAACCGCAGCCUGCAGAGUGCCAAGAAGUCAGGUGGAUCUAAGUUCACCAUUGGGAAGUCGGUCUGGCUGUUGUGGGCGCUGGUCUUCAACAACUCUGUGCCUGUGGAAAAUCCCAGAGGAACCACCAGCAAGAUCAUGGUGCUGGUGUGGGCCUUCUUCGCUGUCAUCUUCCUGGCCUCCUACACUGCCAACCUGGCUGCCUUCAUGAUCCAGGAGGAGUACAUCGACACAGUGUCAGGACUGUCGGAUAAGAAGUUCCAGCAGCCGACGGAGCAGUACCCGCCGCUGCGUUUUGGCACGGUGCCAAACGGCAGCACUGAGGAGAACAUCCGCUCCAACUACCCCAACAUGCACCAGUAUAUGAUCCGCAACAACCAGAAGGGUGUGGAGGAGGCAAUUGAUAACCUCAAGACUGGGAAACUGGAUGCCUUCAUUUACGACGCUGCAGUGCUGAACUAUAUGGCCAGAAAGGACGAGGGCUGCAAGGUGAUGACCAUCGGCUCUGGGAAGGUGUUUGCCACCACAGGCUACGGCAUCGCCCUGCACAAGAACUCCCGCUGGAAACGGCCACUGGACCUGGCUCUGCUGCAGCUGGUUGGAGACGAUGAGAUUGAUAUGUUGGAGCGUCUCUGGCUGUCUGGUAUCUGCCAUAACGAUAAGAUCGAGGUGAUGAGCAGUAAACUGGACAUCGACAACAUGGCGGGGGUCUUCUACAUGCUGCUGGUAGCCAUGGGCCUCAGCCUCCUGGUAUUUGCUUGGGAGCAUCUGGUGUACUGGAAACUACGGCAUUGUGUGAAGCGAUCUGGUGGGAUGGACUUCCUUCUGGCUCUCAGCAGGGGGAUGUACAGUUGCUGCCAGUUUGAGGAUGAGACAGCACCAGGAGGCAGCAAAAGCUCUUUGCCUCAGUAUCACACCGUGACCACCAUGCCUACUGCACCCCAACAACACCUCGUUACAGCCACAGUAAACAACACGACUGCCAUUGCAAUGGUGCAGCAGCAACAGCAGCAAAAGCACCACCAGCAACAGCAGCAGGGGCAGACCUAUACCACCAUGUUACCUGGAUCACCACCAACUACAGGACACUCUGCAAUGGCUCUGGGACCCUCAAAUAGUCCCUUACUGGAAGGCCCCAUGCCUUGCUCCACCUUCUUGCCGCGUCAUGACCGCAGACUUGCUGUUGUGGAUCGCUGGAACAGGCCAAAGCCAGAGAAAGUCAUGAGUGGAGGCAGUGGUGGAGGAGUGGGCAUUGGGGGGAUAGCAGGAGGGAUCACUGAACUCCAGGCCCAGCAGCAGUAUCAACAGAAUCUUGGACAGCACUGGAACCUGCAAGGGGGCGUUGCAGGUGGAGCAGGGGGAGGAGGUGACACAGGGCUAGAUGAAUAUAAGCGCUACUAUGGUCCUAUAGAUCCAGAGGGGCUAGGAACUAACUCGGACCAACAGGCUGUGGGCCCCCAACAGACUCCCAAAGCUAAUCCUCGAGGCCCCAAAGCCUCAGGAAUGCCACGGCUGCCUCCUAAAGGCCCCCAGCAAGGCCCAGGGCACUUAAUCUCAAAGCCUCCUCCACCCAUCCCAGCUUCUCCACGAAGACCUCCCUUCUGGCGACGAGGAAGCCUAGCUCAGACAAGGAGAAAGGGCUCAGGAGGCCCCCUGUAUGAAAAUAUACUCCCUCUGGGGAGGCGAGGAGGUGGGAGGUAUGGAGCAAGUGACGGAGGUGGAAGAAGAGGGCGACGUCCUCCUCCACCUCCUCCUCUGCCUGUCCCCCUUUCCUCCCCAACACACACCCCCACCACCCCCUCCUCUCCAUGCCGUUUCUACUCCUCUUGCUCCAGUGCCUCGUCCUCUUCCUCUUCUUCAACAUCGUCCUCAUCCUCUUCUUCAUCCUCUGUCUCUCUCUCUCGAUCAAAUUCCCCCUCUUCUUGCUCCAGUGACAGCUCCUACAACUCUUCACUGAGUUUCCGGUAUCGAUCGGGCGAUCGAGAUUUUGCGGUGGAUGACGAUUAUGACUCAGAUCUGCUUACGGAGGAGUCCAGCCUCCUCCUGGGAUCACGGAGGAAGAUUCGUUCACGCCGCAUGUCCUCGCGCUCACUGCCGUGCAGCCCGCCACCACCACCCAUUCCUCCACGGAAGCCACGUCCUCAGAGAGAUUACGGCAGAGAGAGGACUGGCAGUCAGCUGGCCCAGUUACAGGAGUGGUGGGCAUCAUGGGGAGACAGGGAGCGAGGGAGGGGUGGAACAACAAGCCGGGGAGAUGGAGGAGUGGGUAGAGAAGAGAAGAGGCACCACAAAGAGAGGGAACGUGAAAGGAAAAGGAGGAAGAAAGGCCAAAAGAAGAAGAAGAGGGAGGAGAGGGAAAGAGAAAGGGAACGAAAGAGGCGCAAAGCAAAGAAGAAGAGGAAGAAAGAAGAUAAGAUGAGAAAGAGAGAGCGGAAGAGGUCAGAGCAGGAGGGGGGAGGAGGAGAUCCUGAAAAAAGAGAGGAACUCAAAUCAGGGACCCCAGAUUACCCAUCAUACCCACCCCUGAGGCGAGAGUCCUUUCGGAAAAAGAGUGAAAGCUCCAUCAGAAGCUAUGGUUGGAACAUCCCAGGCGAAGAUGAGAGGAGGGAAAGAGAAGAGAAAGAGAGGGAUGAUGGGGACGACAGCAGAGGAAAGGGAAAACACCACAGGCGAAGGAACAGCAAGCACUAUCAUGGCUCUAGCAGUAAAGCUUCGACAUCUGUCAAGUUCUGGGGAGGGGGCAACCCAUCCUCUGACACCAUUCCAUCUGCCUUCCUGCCUUUGUUGCCUGUCUCCUCUAAAAGGAGGAAGAGUAAAAGUUCCGACAGGGAAGCUGUAGGAAUGGAAGGAGAGAAGAGGCCAUUGCUGGGACGAAAUGGAAGAGGUGAGAUGCACUCCAAGGAGGGAUUGUCCUUUCACGAGUGGGAGUCUGAAGUAGAGGAUGAGGAAGAAGAGUCUGAGCAGGAGAGGAGGAAAGCAGAGCGUCGGAAGCGACGUGGAGGAGGAAGGACAAUGUCUGAUGAGGAGCGUGAACGUGAUAAGGUAGUUGGGAUAUAUUCUGAUGAUGAUGGUUCUUCUGGAGAGUUUGGGAAGUUUGAGAGGUACUGGGAAGAUCAUGAAGGCAGGGCAGUAGGAGGGAUUGGAGGGGGAGGUUGGUUUUUCAGCACCUACCCCUCAAGGGAUAAAGCCGGCAGCAUCAACAGUAGAGAUGACCUGUUCCUGGAGCGAGGAGAGAGCCAGGAAGAGUUGUACCACCACUGCCAGAGUUUUGGUGGUCCCCUGAAGCCCAAACAUGACUCCUCCUCCUCCUCCAAACCUGAUCGCUCACAGAAUCCAUCUAAAUCUGGCAGUCAGUCAAACCUCAGUAUCCAACAGCGGACACAGAGAACAGAAAGAGAUCGAGAGCGAGGAAGGCAACCAUCCCCACCCUCGAACCUCAUACCUAACUUGCCACCCCCGCUCCCUGCCCUUCCAGCUCCUCCAUCCUCAUCUCACCCUAUACACGUUCCUCCCCCUACCUCGUCCUCUUCGGUAUCCUCUCCCUCUGUGGUCUCAUCCACCCCGGGGGCACCCCAGUCCUCCUCCAUGGCUUCGGCAAGUGCCAAACUACAGUACCAGAGAUUGCGCUCUGUACCCCAGCCCCAGAGGUUUCCUCAGUCUCCUCACUUACCCCUCAAAGCCAAGAGCCUUUGCUCACGAAGGGGCUCGGCCCACUUCUCCAGUGUGGAGAGCGAGGUCUGA